CAGUGCGUUGCUAAUAGAAGUCUAGAAGGCGUGGAGUGGAGCCGUCAAGGAGAGACUCACCUAAGGCGCGCAGCCUAAUCAAUAUUGACUUAGACGGCGACAAGAUGUUGAUAUCCGUUCUUGUGGCUGUCAACGCUUCUAUGUUCAGGAGUCUUACUGCGAGAUCUCGAGCACGGGACAGGAUGGUAAGGCGAGAGUGAUGACGUCCAAAACCAUAUCCAACUGCACACUUGGAGUCUUUUCCGUAAGUUCGGUGGAGCUGGUCUGCGGGGUUGCGGCGUCAGCUUCGGAGAGAUCAUGGAGGUCCAAGUUAAGGCUCACCAACAUGCGCGUCGAAAAAUACCACCCGCGAGAGCAUAAGCGGCGUCCUAGAUUUUUGUCUUCACGCCUCAACGGACAAUCCGGUUGUGUGCGCUUUGUUCAAUGCGGAAAUCAUGUCGGCUGGGAGCUUCUGGAUGUUGCCGAGCGGGUGAACGUUGUUUUCGGUCGUUUGAAUGUUUCAUCACUCGUCUCACUGACAAGUGCGAGCUUUUCGUGCGCGACGUUUGCCCAGGAUAUGCCCACAACACUCUACUCAGACAGCAGCAGCGGCUAGAGGAGCUAGGCGUGCAGUCGAUGUUUCCAGUUGCGCAGCCGCAGCAGAGGGCACAUCGACAUGG